AUGAGUGGUUUCUACUGGUUCAAAUUUUACAAAGACGCCAGAAAGUAUGUGGAAGCAUGUGACAACUGCCAGAGAACUGGGAACAUCUCCAGGAGACAUGAGAUGCCUUUGAAUAAUAUACUGGAGGUGGAGAUCUUUGAUGUCUGGGUAUAUCCUGGUGACAGUGACACCUUGUGGGCAUUUGCCUUUCAGUUGUUGUUUGGGAAAGCAUGUCAUUUGCCUGAGCAUAGAGGAUUAUGGGCUGUCAAGUUCUUAAACUUUGACUCCAAGGCUGCAGGUGAGAAAAGACUACUGCAAUUGGAUAAACUGGAUGCAUUUCGUCUGUCUGCUUAUGAGAGUGCCAGCCUAUACAAGGAGAAGACCAAGUUAUGGCACGACAGGAAGAUCACACCCAGGGAUUUUAAGGUGGGAGAUCAGGUGCUGUUAUUCAACUCCAGGUUGAAAUUGUUUCCAGGGAAGCUGAAGUCCAGAUGGUCUGGACAAUUUGUAGUUAAGACAUUGAAGCCUUAUGGAGCGGUGGAGAUUUAUGCUUGGGAUUUUGACCAGAGUUUUACUAUAAAUGGUCAGAGAUUGAAACGUUACAUAGGAUGA